UUCGCGUAGUUCGUGGCAACGAAGGCUGCAAUUUCAGUCGAUAGUUUUCGGAUCGGACGAGGUUUCAAAAUUUUCUUUGUCAUCCAAAUUAUAAUGCGGUUGAUAAUCACUACUGUAAGGUUAACGCAUUAACUCAACAUUUUUCUAGCAUCGAUUAAAUCCAGAUUUUUCAAUUAUUUCGUGAAUUCGAUUCGACGAUGAACAGAUCGCUGGGGUCUGGUGGCAACCUCGACAGGUUGGGGUCGCUUAGGGUAUCCCCGAAGCGACGAGGAACGGGAAAUACAUGCCUCACAGACGAAACGGGCUCAGAGAAAUCGUCGGGAUAUCGACGCACACCGAAUUGAUAAUCAUGGCUCUCAUCGGGAUGGUGAACAAAAAAAAAAAUCAACUAUUUUUCAACAAACACACGACCGAUCAUUCGUUCGAUUUUUCUCUCUAUCUCGUUUCCAGACGAGAAACCUCAUGGAUUCGUUCAGGUUUUCCUGGAGCAACAACGUGCAGAAAAUUUGGGAUUUGCCGGGUCCGGAACCGUCCUUCUCAGCCAAGUAUCAUUUCGACUAUUGGCUGAAAACCGGUUAGCGAGUUCAAUCGAUUUACGCGCGCUUGUUGUAAGCUAAGUGGUAAUUAACCGGUGACCUCGGUGAGCCGGCACUGGGUCAAUUUAACGCCGUCGUUUUGAAUCGUUCCGAUCGUACCGAGUGCGGGGAGUUCAAUCGGGUGAACGCGUUCACCUACCGAGAAUUUCCACCGUCUCGAAGAGAGAACUCUUCCGACCGUACCGUAACCCGCGGUGCGUACGCGCCUCGUGGUUAAAAUUCGAUAUCUUCUCUCCGGGAUCGUCGGCCUCGUCUCUCGCGUUAUUUAAUAUCUUUCGUUACGCUCGCUAACCGAGCGGAGAACAAAGCUGGAAAAAAUUCACGCGCGAGAUCCGGUUUAUUUUAGACCCGAUAUACGCGCCUCGCUUUUCGCUCCGUAAAAAAUCCCCUGGAGAUUUGUCGAAAAAAAUUAAAAAAAAAAAAAAAAAAAAAAAAAGAAAAACAGGGAUAAAUCAAGGGUGACGAUCGUUGCAGUAUUGUCGUUCGUCGUGUGGUUCAGAAAUUCAACGACCCACGUUCACCUCGUCCUCUACGUUGUGAUGAUGUACACGGUAUUAACGGGAAAACGACCUAGCCUGAUGUUGCCGUGGUUGUGGCUUCAGAUGCUGAAGAACAUCACCACCGAUAUAAUUUGUCUAGCCGUCGGAGCUCUCCUGUGUCUUGUCCUGCACUCCUGCGGCAUUCUGGCCGUGGAAUUUCUCGUCGUCGGCGUUUUAUCGACCAUGCCUUCGGUCUACCUGUGGCGUCGUUUGAGAGCGUAUUACAACAACCUCUACUACGCCCAGAUCGACGGUUUUGCGGAGCCCCCGAUCCCCCGCGAAAAAUAUCGAUCUUUCGCUCUGGCGCGGCGUCGCAGGGCCUCGAAGUCCCUCGACGGUACGAUUCCGCUGUUGAUCGCCGUUAACGAUCGGCCGAGGAUCGGCAGCUGCGUUACGUACGACGAAUUUUUCGGCACCUCCAACUGGGAGGAAAAAUCGGACAAGGAGAUCUCGAAGUCCCUCACCACUCUGCUAACCGCGGAGAGUCAGGACUCCGACGAGAUCGAGGAGGAUUCAUGCCUGAAGAUCAUCGAGGACGACAAUUUAACACCCGCCCAAAAAACGCUCAGGAUAUUGGGGAUCGCUCGCGAUGUGGUCGAGCCGGACGAGGCGCGAUUCAGCAAGACGACGUCCACGGACGAUUUGGGGGACGGAAAAGCGGAGUCCCUCGAUUCCUUCGACGAAACGGAGAUGAGGCUCUCGCUGUUCACGAUCGUCGGGGCGGCCCUCGAACCGCGAACCGUGGGACUCCAGGUGAACCUCGAGGGCAGGCGGGGGAAAGAGGCUUCCGAAACGGAGGGUAAAUCGGACCGGAAGGGUGUUAAAUCGAAGAAAUGCGCCUGCUGCGAGGAAACCAAAUGCGCCGACGACGAUUCCGAUUCAAAUUCCGACGAUGAGGAGACGGGGAAAAAUAAAAACGAUCGAGGAAUCACGGAUCGUUCGAAUUGCUGCGAUCGCAGCCGACCCGAAAACGCCGAAUGGAAGAAAUUUUCCGACGGAAAUAAGGAAGCUAAGACCGGAAGUGAGAACGGAAAGCAUUCGACGCGUUCCGCUUCUUCUUGCCUGCAAGCUCUGGUGGAACGGGACGGUAUAGUGUGGACAAAUUUUCGGGAAAUAAACUUCGUUUCCGUCAUUGAAAAGUCGCUCUGCGGUCGGACGGGGUCCUUCAAACUUCAGAGUCAACGCGAGGCUGCCGAAGAAGAGGAGAUAUCGAAUUUUGGUGUAAAAAACAGCCAGCGGGAAGCUCCGGAUAACAUUUUCAAAGACUGGCCGAAAUUCGACGACGACUCGUGCCACGGGAAAAUUAUUCCCGAGCGGGAAGACGGCACUAAAUUUACCGAGAGGAUCGGCCUCGAAUCUCGUCAUUUCGGAGAAUUAUUUUCCGGACCAAAGUCCGCCAGUUUCGGAGCAGAUUCCGAAAUUCUGGCGCUCGACGCUAGCGACGUUUUCAACGAGAAUUCCGGGGUUCGGAGUUUUAACUCUACGACAGCGAACGCCGAGCAGCUGACAAGGCCCGAGCAGGACUCCUACUUCGAGUCCAGUUUUCAAAGGCAUUCCGACAUGUUCGACGACUCGACACACGCGAGAGGGAAUCUCGAGGCGCCUUUUAAAAGCCCGAUGUGUCGAAUCGACGAUCGUCGCAACGGUUGGGAAUUAGGGGCGAAAACUUUCGCCGGAAAUGAUGUCGACCGUGUCCGAGAUAGCUACGAAAUAAUUAGGCGCUCUAAAGAGCAGUUCUUCGAUUCUCGGGCUCACCAGGGCGUGAACAUCGGUCCCAAACUCUCACUCGCCUCGAAAAAAUCGCCAACGAAACGUCGGAGCGCAAGUUGGGGGAAAAAGUUCUCCCCCUCGUUCGUGAGCGUUGAAAAAAGCGAGGAGUCCGGUCGAACGCACCCAACGAAAGACGAUUACGGGCCGUGGAUGACCGGUGAAGAUCACGAGACGGCUGACAAAUCGGAAAAACGUUCGAACGAUCGACGGUUACCGGCGAGUUCAUCGCGAUCGAGCAAAUGCAGGGAAACUCCCGAGGAACGCGAGGAGAGAAUGAUGCGGGCGUUGAAGGCUUACAACGAAAAAACGCUCGUCGAGUACAAGAGAGAACUGGAGGCUCGCAACAGUCAGGGAACUAGUUUCGGUUCCACUCUACAUCACGACGUGGCCGAGACACCUUCACCUCCGCCUCGCCAACGAAUCGUCGACGAACUGGACCCACUCAAGUCAACCGCCAGCACCUGCGGUAUCCACUUCAAGCAAGGAAAUCGGGUCUCGGUUCCCGGUCUCGUCGCGCCGGAAAGAGAAUUGAUCUUCAACUUAGAGAAUCGCUACGGGAAACUGACGAGAUCGAAACCGGCCGAUUCCACGACCAACGCGGGUCUGGCUGGAGACCGCGUCGACGUGCAGAAAAUUAAACCUGGCGACGAGACGUCGGCGACGCGAAAGCAGCUUUCUAAGUACAGCAAAUUCGUCAGAGGGAAAGAUGAUCCCCCGGAUAUAGCGGAUUCCGGAUCCUGCAAGCGGAUCGAAGGACUCCGGAGGGGGAGAGACUUGGACAGGAUCUUGGCGCGAGAGGAUAUAAGAUCGGAAAAUGUUGAGGUGUAUUUUUUAGACCGCUCUCGAACCGGCGAUACGACGUCGACGGGCGAGAAUCUUUCCUUGAGAACGAUAAAAUCGUUCUCCGGAAAUCGGGCGGCCGAUAUCGGCUCCGCGGCGUCAUCGGACAUCAUCGCGUCCGAAGGUGCCGCUCCCCAAACUGUACGGGAGAUCGAUUCGAACCCCCGAGAUGAAAGUGCGGGCCGAGGAAAAGCGGUGGAAAAAAGCUCGCCGAAAUCCACGAGGGAGGUCAUCGAACUCGUCGACUGGUCGUUCCGACUACCGAUACCCGUCGAGGGUGGUUUACAAAGAACUAGAGAAUCUUUCAACAAUCUGACGAGGACGAUGCCCAGAUACGAACGUAGCCCGGAACGUGACGACAUGUUUUACAAAAAUACGGAGAAUAUAUUGCGGUUCGCUUUUGCCAACGACGAAAAUUUCGAGGGUGGAUUUUUCGCGGUUGGAUCGUCCGAGGAUUUCACCCUAGGAGUUGAGGAGUUUUUGACAACAGCGGCGUCGGGAUAUCGCGGCGAUGAUUUUGUCUGUCGGCCGGAAAGCGAAGAACUUGCGAACGGGGAUUUUUACGGGGGCAUUUCGCUCCCGAAUUCCGAAAAACCGACCGAAAAAACCUCGACGAUAACAUCUGAGCAGGUCAGACAAGCGCUGGAGGAUGUGAUCGCCUGUCGCCCGGGUAUCGUGGAUCGUUUCGAAGAAAGCGGCGAGGGAAUUCAGAGCGUCGCGUUGAAAUUCUUCGACGAUUUUCCGAUCAGUGAGAAUUUUUUAAAAAACGAAUCUUCGAGCCUCGCAAAAAUCGUGCCAAGGAGUUUGACGGGCUCGGAAUUCGCUACUGGAUUCGGGACUCUGUUUAUCUUCAACGCCGCUCAAUCGGUAGCCGGAAAAAUGAGGAAAACCGUGGAACAGACGACGUCGACGGCGGGGGAAAACGGCGGAGCGGAAACGGUGGAGAAUUUCACGGAACGUCCGUCGACUUCCGCCAACUCGAAUUUCGGCAACGACGAAGACGGGUGGAUGUCGAACGCCGGUGGAAAAAACGCCGAAAAUCGCCGGGUGGUCAUCGACGCGGACAGCUCUCGAGGAAGCGAAACAUCUUCCGUCGAAAAACUGAACGAUUCGUUUCGAAACAGCGAUAAAAGAUUGCUGAGGAACUUCUCGUCGGACUCGGUGAUCUCCUCGCUUUCCGACAGUCUGAGGAGACAAAAUUUCCGGCGCAACGUGAUCGUUUCCGUUUUCGUGCACGCGAUAAACGACGGAGGUAGUGAAAUGGGAGUCCUUGAAACCGACCAGGAACCGGUCGAGUCGCAAUCUGCUACGGGAAGCCAUCGAGAUAAUCGCGAAAGUAGACGAGUAGAGGCUGCGGAGAUCGUUCGCUCGGCGAAGGAAACGGAUGCGUCGGAGAUAAAAAAAGGAGCUUUUUCCAUCGCCGCUGACGACGCAACGCGCUACGCAGUGCGGAUGGAAGUCGUCCCGGGAACAACCUCGUCGAAAGAAACUUCGGAAAAUCCUCAACCGAGUCCGGAACCCUCCCUGAAAUAUUCCAGCUGGGAAAAGAUCUUACCGAAGACUGAAAAAAAGAACGUCUUCAAACCGAAGAAGGCUAACGCUGAUCGAGUCUCGUUCAGGAGAGUGAUCAAGGUCGUUAAAUUGGUGGAAGACAACAGUCUGGAUUUUUUCAGCGCCAGACCCGUUCCCCAAAGAGGUCGAGGACUCUCCUCGGGAUACCUAAUGGAUUCCGACAGCGACGGUAACCUCACAGUUUCGCGUACCUCCAGUCCCGUUUCUCUCGACUCGAUAUCGAGCCAGAAUUCCUACGAAAAUGAGCCCGAAAUUCCCACGGGAAUUUUCGAAAACUCGUCCAACUCCCCGGCAGCUCGGGAACCUCCUCAAAAAUCGCGUUCUCCCUCGACGAUCGACCUCCAAGGACCUUCCGGAGCAAGGACACCGGAAUUCAGGAUAUUGGGAUCCGAUACUUUGCCAACGAGCGGAAGACUCGGACAUUUGUCGUCGGUAGACGCAGCGGGAAUCGAGACAAAAUUGAAGGACGUCAUGCGACAAAUUUUUCUUCAUCAGUCGACCGCGGGACCCCGAAGGACGAGCGGUCUCCUCACCGUUUCAAAAACCGCCAGUCCGAUCUCGAUUUCCCUUGAGAAUAAAAUCGCCGAUCCCUCGAUCGACCGCCGCCAGGAAAUCUUCGACGCCGAAGAGGAGGUCCUCAAAAUAAUGGACGAAAUGAUAUUCGCUGUCGUGUUUUCACCUGCGACGAGAGACUCGAAUUUCGACGGCGCUUUCCGCACAAACCCUCGAAAGUCGAAGGUCAGUCUGAGGCACGCGGCGAUCGGAACCGAAUACGAUCUGGAGGUAUUCAAGGACCUGGUCGAGUCGUUCGCCAGAUUUCAUGGCGUCGGGGGCGAGACUCUGAUGAGGCGAGUCUCCGGCGGACGCGAUGCAAAAGUCGCCGAUUCCAACGUGGAGCUUUCGCCGUUCGAAGAAUCCGAGCCGGCCGAAGAGGAAGCGAGUCGCGAAAACAAUGUCCAGCCGGAAUUCGCGAGCUACGACAGUUUCGACAGCAAUUAUUCAAUGUCCAAAGCGAAUCGGUCGGCUGACUCUCCUUCCCCCAACAAUUCCAUUUCCGAUCACACGUUCUUAGAAGAUUUCCCGGAAGACGGGAGAUCGCAGGUGACGAGCCCGACUCGUUCCACCCUCGACGGCAGCGAGUCUAACGGUGAACGCAAAAAAGUAUCUUCGUCGAAGAAAACUGGGAUACCCAGACCCGUGAAAGGGAGUAACUAGUCC